CACCCUGAGGCAAUUUCCAAGUUGCCCUUCAGCCUCCUGCAAGGUGUCACCUGGUCCCUUACCGCACCAAUCGCGCCUCCGCACUCACCGCAACCACCCACGGUUCACUCUUAAAUCAACCGCAUUGAUCGCACCACGACGUCAUGCAACCCGUACCAUCUUUACUGUUUCGAUUUCCCCGCUCUACUUAAACCACCUCGACCCCGGAUUUUGCUGCUGCGCUUCAACCCAUCCAAUGCAAAUGCUGCCUUAGUAUAAUACUUCCUGAACAAUCAACACCACCCCAACCCAAAAAAAUGGAAUCCAACCCCCGCAAACUCUCAGGAUCCUACCACCUCACCGGCGCGGACAUCGUCGAGUCAAUCGACGAUCUCGGCUCCGACGGCCGCUGGGAGGAGCUGACCGCCAAGCGCGCGGCCCACCAGUCCGCCGACGCCGACAUGCCGCAGAUGCAGGGCGGCGAGCGCACCGGCUUCACCGGUAAUAAGGUGCCGGACCGGGCGCAGUCGUUCCGGCCGUAUGAUCCGAAGGGGGCGAUGGGCACCGAGCAGAGCGAGGAUAUUCAUCCUCAUGAGUAAAGCCGGGGGCCCCGGACGGAGGCCGCGUGUCGUGGUCCUUGGGUGCGUCUAGCAUGGGCUCGGGAGGGAUUCUGCGCAGGGGAAGAUGCUGGUUUGGAAAAUUGAUAAUUGAUGAAUCAUGAUGUAGUAUAUGUGCGAUGCGUGUAGUGUUUAUUAGGCAAUGAUGUGAAUGCUGUUUUCGAAUUGUUGGCUGUGUUUCGUUUGUUGGAUAUUGUUCAUUCGGUCGGAUACCCCUCCGGACCAGCAUCCCGCACCCGCCCUAUGAGAUAGUGCUCAUCAUACGACACGCAACAGCCUAACAUUCCAUCUCAAC